AUGACCACCACAGAUUUGCCUAACCAGAAUGACAAUAAACGGCGAAAGAAGAGCAAACCAAUUGAUCCGAAUCGAUGCGAAUUCAUACUUUUAAACAAGAAAAGACGCUGCGGCAUGAUGCGUCAAAAGGACCAUCGGUUUUGUUUGGAUCACCAAAAGUUGCAACCCAAAAGCGACGAUGUCGAUGCUCAAGACCGAAUUCCAUGUCCAUUGGAUCCAAAACACACCGUUUGGAAGAAUGAUCUAGAACAGCAUCUAAAAAAAUGUAACGCUCGUGCCGUGGAAACACAUGAGGCAUGGUACAAGAAGAACUACAACACUGUUUUGCAAUCGCAAAUUGAGGUCCCUAAGAAGUCCAAUGAACUAGAUCUGUGCGCCACGAAGACUGAAGAGCAAAUUAAUGAGAGACACCAAGUUUUCACAAAAGUAAUAGAAUUACUCAAGGAGUACAGUAAAACUCUUGAACCCUUGCUGGAGAAGGUUUACCGGCACCCUGGUCUAGACAGUUGGGUACAGGCGAAAGAGAAUAAGAAGCACAUAUUACAACAAUCAUCGCUAGCUGGUCUAUUGAAAGAACUCGAAUUAUUGAAUCCACAUAAUUUUUUUGUUGAGUUUGGUUGUGGAAAGGGCGAAUUGUCUAGAACAAUUAAUGCUUGUGUUGUGAGUGACUACAACAACCAAUUUCCAAAGGAUUGCAAAUAUGGUUUUGGUUUCAUUGACAGAGGCUGUAACCGUAUGAAGGUAGACAAUAAAAUCCUACAAGACUGUGAAAAACAUGAGAUUCAUCCUCAUAUCAAACGAUCUCGCAUAGAUAUCGAGCAUUUAGUCGUGGACAAAUUUCUAGAAUCAGUGGAGCCUGAUGGGGUAGUAGCCAUCUCCAAACAUUUAUGUGGUGUUGCCACGGAUCUCACUUUAAAAUGCUUGCUCAACCUGACCACCACUUUGAAGAACUUAAAAGGAUUGGUGGUAGCUAUGUGCUGUCGACAUGUAUGUGAUUACGAGCAAAUGUUACCCGAAUCAAGAGAAUAUCUUGCUGCUAAUGGUAUUGAAGAUGAUACUAUGUUCUCCGUGUUGAAAAAAGUGGUCACUUGGGCGGUCUGUGGCUCGAUGACUGGUGACGAGGACCCUAAUUACAAAGAGAAAGAACAACUCGGCCUUAUCGCUAGAUCUAUGAUAGACAACGCGCGUGUCACUGCCAUCAAUAAGCUCAUGCCGCUGUUUCAUGCUCGAUUGACAAGGUAUGCCACCAUGGACAUUACAUUAGAGAAUCAUUGUUUACAGAUAACAAAGCGUCAAUGA